CCUGGAUUCAGUCCCAAUGCUGCAUCGUCCUAAACGCACAGCAACGGCUCUGAUAGGAGGACAUGACAGAUUGGUCAGGGAAGAACAGGGUUCAGCAAAAGCUAAGAAGUGUAAUGAAAAAGCCAAGCAAUGCACGGAUUCAUGCGAUUCCUCUAGCAUUACAAAAUAAAAUGACUUCUAAAAGUACAAACUCUGAGCAGAGUUUGGUAGCUGUGUGAAUCUGUCGUAACAGUUCAAGUGAAACGCACUCAGUGGAUCUUCCUGCCAGCAGCCGUCUAAUGACGAGGGCUCUAAAAGCAGAGGAGGAGACGAUCUCAAAGAUGCACUGGCUGCAAGCCAAAUCCUCAGCCGAAGCCUCCUUGGAUAAUAAUAAUACACCUACUCUUACUCCAUCAAAACUGAAAUGUCUCCAAACUGGGAAUCCCUCAGCAAUGCAUCACCCACUGUAAAACGAAGCUCUCCAAAAGACGUGCAAGGAAGCUGGACAAGAAACUCAUUCGUAAUGGCUCAUUGAUUAAGUCAAAGUGUGUGGGCUCAAGUGAACCCACUUCACCACCUGUUAAGAUUAAAACAGAAAAUGUUGUCCCAGAUGCAUCAACCACUUCCCCAUCCCUGUCUCUCUCUCCAUUGGAAACUUUUCAGGACAUCAAGGAAAUAACAUUUCAAUCUCUUGUGAAGGAGGACAGCAGUGAUGGUGAGGUGACUGCGUUUCAGCCUGAUUCCAAUUAUAAAUUCAGUACUUUUCUGAUGCUCCUGAAAGACAUGCAUGACACCAGGGAAAAAGAAGGCAAACCCCUGAUCGUGGCACCAUCGCCUGUGCUAAUCAAGGAGGAACCUCUGGUGAUCCCUACUUUCCACACAAAGUGACCCACUGAAGGGUUCUGGUGGUGGUUUAACUCAUGGGAUCAAAUUAGAAAACGGCCAAUUCAGGAAAAUCCACAAUACCCACAAAUACAGCUUUGAAAAGCAAGGUUAGGAGUAAAGCAAUCAUGAAAACCGACAACUUCUAUUGUGAAGACUUUCCUGUUCACUCUCAGACUGGAAGCUCAGAUAAGCAGAGAAGAAAACAAAGACUGCCGCCAAACUGAAACUUAGCAUACCUGGCCUGUCUUCAGACCUGGCUGACAUGGCCUACGGCAGGGAGUUUGUCAGUGGCCACGCUGACUUGGCAGAUCCUGGAUCUGAUUCUCACAUCGCUGCCAGUCCGUCCACAGCUACCUCGAUAAGAACUCAGAAUCCACAGUGGCUCCAAAGAAGCGCUGGCAGGUGGUUGAGGAGGCUGCUGAGAAGAAGGGUGAAGGUGUGAGCGAGGUGUCUGGUGAGAUGAGGGGGUCGUACGCCAUGAGGGGCGUCGCCAGAUCUGGAUGGAGGAGUUGAGAAGCACACAGAGAAUGACUCACAUUUGUCAGAUACAAGCAGCACAGCUGGACACUCAGAGAACAAACGACUCCGGAAGCCAACUAAAAGGCUCCUGAGUCGACUGAGGAGUAUGAACAAAUAUUUGCCCCAAAAAAAGAGACAAAGAAAACACACUUCAGAAUCUUUCAAAGUGCACACUUCAGGGAUGGCAGCACUCCACGAUCUCAACACCUCGGCAGGGACUGUUACCUCAACCCCGUCACCUGCAGAGUCCACCGAGGCUCCAGCAGCACUGAGUCCAUCCCAGGAUGAGCCUUCUCCUGUAGCACCAUCAGCAUCUCCACUCCCAACUCAACCCUCCUUCGACACAGAGACAGCAGAAGAAAACUAUCUACCUCCUGAGUCUGAUGCGGAAUUAUCGAGCUUAGAAAGAAAGAGGCCGAGAAAGCUGUCACACAAGGUGCUGGAAUGUACCAUAGAAGAAGUGUCUGCUGCUCCUGCUAAGAAGAAAGAGCAAAAGCGGUACAGUGGAAUUACAUCAGAGGUGAAGGUGUUGGUCAAGAAAACCCAGCUCGGAUCUCUGAGGAAAGAGAAGCUUCCCACCAGCACAUCGCCUGCCCCUGCUGCUGCCACCUCCAAACCCUCAGAAAGCAGGUCUCCCAGCCCUCAAAGACCUAAGACCCCCAAGCAGGAGGCGGAGAUGGAACCCUGCAGCACUGAGGAGAAGCAAAAUGUACACACUGGAACACUAACGCCCAAACCCGAGGUGCUGCCGGUUGGUCUGAAUGACGGCCUUUCUUCUCAAGUGGACGUAAAAGGGAAAAUAGGAGCUGCAUCUUUGAAGGAGAACGUCUGUCAGGUGUGUGAGAGGACGGGAGACCUGCUGGUGUGUGAGGGCCACUGUUACGGAGCCUUUCACCCGCAGUGUAUCGGCCUGUCAGCGGCUCCCAAGGGGAAGUUCUUCUGUCGUGAAUGUAACACUGGUGUGCACGCAUGCUUUGCGUGCAAGAAGUCUGGCAGCGGGGUGAAGCGCUGCAUAAUACCGCUGUGUGGGAAGUCCUACCACACCGACUGCAUUUUAGCCUUCUCAGCCACCCAGCCCCAUAACAAAGGCUUCCGCUGCUCCCUCCAUGUGUGUCUGUCCUGUCACAUCUCCAACCCUCUAAACCUCUGCAGCUCUAAAGGUCGGUUGGCCCGAUGUGUGCGCUGUCCUGUGGCCUAUCAUGCCAACGAUAACUGCAUGGCAGCAGGCAGCUUGGUGCUGGCGAACAACAGUUUCCUGUGUCCAAACCACUUCACUCCACGCAAGGGCUGCAAGAACCACGAACACAUCAACGUUAGCUGGUGCUUUGUCUGCUCUGAAGGGGGCAGUCUGCUGUGCUGUGAAGCCUGUCCUGCUGCUUUCCAUCGGGAAUGUUUGAACAUGGAGAUGCCUCAGGGUAGCUGGUUCUGCAACGACUGCAAAGCUGGAAAGAAGCCUCGUAUUAAAGACAUACUGUGGGUCAAAUGGGGGCGCUAUAGGUGGUGGCCUGCUGAAGUGUGUCUGACCAAAGAUGUCCCAAAUAACAUCUUAAGGAUGAAACACGAGGUGGGAGAGUUCCCAGUGCAAUUCUUUGGCUCCAAAGAUUUUGUGUGGACAUACCAGGCUAGAGUCUUCCCCUACAUGGAGGGUGACACUCACAACAUAGAAAAAAUGGGCAAGGGUGCAGAUGCAGUGUACAAAAAGGCCCUGACUGAAGCAGCAGAGCGGUUCAGGGAGCUUCAGGCAGAAAAAGAAAUGAAGCAGCUUCAGGAGGACAGAAAAAAUGACAAGAAACCUCCCCCAUACAGGCACAUUAGGGUGAACCGGCCUAUUGGGAAGGUGCAGAUUGUCACGGCGGACUUGUCAGAGAUCCCCCGCUGUAACUGUAAGGCCUCUGAUGAGAACCCGUGUGGCAUCGACUCAGAGUGCAUUAAUCGCAUGCUGAUGUACGAGUGCCACCCUCAGGUGUGUGCUGCAGGGGAGCGAUGUCAGAACCAGGCUUUCACAAAGCGGCAGUACACACCUGUGGAGAUUUUCAGGACAUUGUCCCGAGGGUGGGGUUUACGUGGAGUGUCAGACAUCAAGAAGGGGGCUUUUGUGAGCGAGUAUGUGGGAGAGGUGAUAGAUGAAGAAGAAUGUCGAGCCAGGAUCAGACACGCUCAGGAGAAUGACAUCUGUAACUUCUACAUGCUUACACUGGACAAGGACCGGAUCAUUGAUGCUGGGCCUAAAGGGAACCAGGCUCGCUUCAUGAACCACAGUUGCCAGCCAAACUGUGAAACUCAAAAGUGGACUGUGAACGGAGACACCAGAGUGGGGCUGUUUGCUUUACAAGACAUCCCAAAAGGUGUGGAGCUGACUUUCAACUACAACCUGGAAUGUCUUGGCAACGGGAAGACAGCCUGUAAAUGUGGAGCAUCCAACUGUAGCGGUUUCCUGGGUGUUCGACCAAAGAACCAGCCACCAGCUGAGAAAAUGAAACUGAAGGAAGGAAAAAGGAAGGUACCCAUGAAGAAGAAGACCAAGCAAGAAGUGACUAAGGAGAGGGAAGAUGAGUGCUUCAGCUGUGGCGAUGGAGGGCAGAUAGUGUCCUGUAAGAAGCCAGGCUGUCCGAAGGUCUACCAUGCUGACUGUCUAAACCUGGCCAAGAGGCCUGCAGGCCGAUGGGAGUGUCCAUGGCACCAGUGUGACAUCUGUGGUAAAGAGGCAGCUUCUUUCUGUGAGAUGUGCCCCAGCUCGUACUGUAAGGAGCAUAGAGAAGGUAUGCUCUUCAUCUCCAAGCUGGACGGCAAGUUGUCCUGCAGCGAACACGACCCCUGUGGGCCCGACCCCCUGGAGCCGGGGGAGAUCCGUGAAUACAUGCCCAACGUGGCCUCUGUGAGGCCCGGGGCCAUGGGUCUGUCUAUGGCUCCCUCAAUGCUCCCAGACUCCAGAAGAUCCUCCUCCUCCUCUGCUGCUUCUCCCGUCUCCUCCUCUGCUGGCCAGACUGCACCAUCCAGGCCUGAGCCUCCUCCUCCUCGUCUCUACAUCAACACAAAGACUGCUACCUCGAGCUUCAUCCCCUUCAGCAGGUCUUACCUCGCAGACGGAACUGAGGGGAAAGCUUUCUCCACGACUUCCUCCUCCAAGGAUGAGAGAGAGGACGGAGAGGUGGAGGACGGGGAGGUGUGUGGGUUAGACAUGGAGGAGGUGGAGGAUGACGAUGAUGAUGAUGAAGAUGAUGAUGAAGAAGACGACGACGACGAUGACGAGGAGGAAAUAGAGGAGGAGGAGAAUGAAGUGGACGAGAUGGAGAUAGUGGAAGAUGAGGAGGAUGAACGACUGUACAGAGGCAACCAUCUGGAGGACGACGAUGAGGAGGAUGAAGAGGAGGAGCAGGGAGGUGGUGUCUAUGACACGUGGGGGGUGGAUGAAGAUGCUGAUGAUGGGGAGGGGGAGGUGGAGGACGUUGAGGAGUGGGGAAGAGUGGAGGAUGAUAAGUGAGUCAGUCCAUCCAUUCAUUCAUUCAUUAAUCCUCACCAAAAAACUCUCAGUAGACUUUCAGAGAACUUCCAGAGUUUAAUAUUUUGGUACCUACUUGAAUGCAACACUGCCUUCACCUUGGUACAACAUUGCCUUCUCAUCUCCAGACUGCUGGACUGACAGUGGGGAUGUGUGCUGGUGCUGAGGCUCAGUGGCUGAUUCACUCAGUCUCUUUAUACUUCUGUCAAUAUGUUCAUUUGUGUCUGGUGCUGUUAUGUUCUGCUGUUUGUUUCUCUUAAUAUGGUUUGUAUUUUUUGGCCUUUUUGUAAAAAAAAAAAAAAAAAAAAAAGGAAUAUAAGAAAAAGGUGAGAAGUCACACCUGAUCAAACUGUCACCAUGAGGGCAUCUUCCAUUGUUGUUACUGUCUUAACUUUGUCUUUCUCAUUACAGGAGUUAUCAAAAUAGAGUUCUCACUGGUCCGUGUUACAGUUAGGCACAGCUUGGUGCUUGUGAGGAAUGCAAAAAUAAACCCACUGGAGUCAUCAAGGCUGUAGAUGAUUCUUCUCACGACACAA